GUCUGUCAUCAGCAGUAAUGGCGAUAAAUCAUUUUGUACUUUUUCUUCUGAUCUUCAAAACAGGCUUCAGUGCUGAGAUCUCCAAAUUUGUGCAGACAGGAGCUUCUGUUCAACUGGAUUUACAGACACAACAACUACCAGAGUUUGACGAUUUAUUCUGGUUAAACGACAAAUCAGAAAAUAUGGUUAAAUAUUAUAAUGAAUCUAAGAAGACUAAAACACACCCUGCCUAUCAGAACAGAAUAGAGUUUAAUGAAACAAACUUCUCUCUGACACUGAAGAACAUGCAGAAGGCAGACAGUGGACGAUACACAGCAAAAAUAAGCGGAAAUUCAAACAAAGAAGUUGUAUACAGAGUGACUGUUAUAGAUGCUGUAGAAGCUCCAGUCCUGACUGUAAAAUCAAACUGGUCCAGUUCUGAACUGUGCAGUUUUACAUGUAGUGGACGUGACAUUAACAUCAGCUCCACCUAUAAUAGCGGCUGUUCCGAGGAGGAAGUGACAUCAGCUGAUGACCACACCCUAAGACUGAACUACAAUACCACAUUCAUCAUGUGUAACUACAGCAACCCAGUGAGCUGGAAAACUUAUGUUAAAACAGUUGAUGAACUCUGCACUGUUAAAACACAUGCAGUACAUGGAAAUCCACCAAUAAUCAAGAAUACAUGA